AUGGAACCAAAUCUAACCCAUCUUUGCUAUUGCCUUAUACUUUUUCUUCCACUACUCUCCCAAUACGCCAUAGCCAAACCUCCAUCAUCACCAAACACUAGCUACAGCAUCAACUUCAUUGAAUCUUCGUGCCGUACCACGCGUUAUCCAACUCUUUGCGUUAAAUGCCUCGCGGCUUUCGCCAACAAGAUCCGCCACAACGAAAACCGGCUAGCUCAAACCGCUUUAGCCGUUACUCUAGUCCGGGUCCGUUCCACGACGGUGUACGUAGCAAAGCUGACUAAAGCGAGAAGCAUCAAACGGAGAGAGUACUUAGCCGUGAAAGACUGCGUGGAGACUCUUGGAGAUGGUUUAGCGAUGUUGGCUCAGUCGAUGAGGGAGAUGAAACAAGUUGGUCGAUCCGGUCGUGGUCAGGAUGAGUUUUUAUGGCGGCUAAGUAACGUUGAGACUUGGGUUAGUGCUGCUUUAACUGAUGAGACAACGUGUCUUGAUGGGUUCGAUGGAAAGGUUAUGGACGGUAAGGUGAAAUCGGCUAUUAGAAGACGAGUGGUUCAUGUGGCUCGAGUUACUAGUAAUGCAUUGGCUCUUGUAAACCGGUUCGCGGCUCGGCAUAAGUCAUAG